AUUGCAUCUUAUGGACAGCUAGGGAAAGGGUUGCCAUUGGCUGCUUAUGGUUUGGCUGUUAUUAUGGGCCUUAAUCUGCUUGAGGUCAUCGAGUUACAACUUCCCUCGUUCUUUAACAAUUUUGAUCCUCAUGCUGCAGCUGCCAACUUCCCAUCGGGAGUGCAAGCAUAUUUAGCUGGGCUGACAUUUGCAUUAGCUGCCUCACCUUGCAGCACACCAGUGCUGGCCACUCUGCUGGGAUAUGUAGCCACAUCCAAGGAUCCAAUAAUAGGAGGCAGCUUACUCUUGACAUACACAACUUGCUACGUUGCUCCUCUACUUCAUGCCGCUUCUUUUGCCGGAGCACUGCAGAGUCUGCUGUCAUUCAGGAAGUUCUCUUCAUGGAUCAACCCUGUGAGUGGAGCUCUUCUACUGGGUGGGGGUGUAUAUACUUUCUUGGAUAGGCUUUUCCCUCCCACAAUGGCGAUGUAAAGGAAUGUUAUUCUGCGUGGUAAGAUGAAAACAACGCAAAAUUGAAAUAUAGAUGAACACUAAGUCAAUGUUGGCAGCA